AUGGCGGUAGCUGGCAACAAUGUUAUCAUGGAUCCUUUUGGAUGUACCAAAUUUGAGCGUAAGCUUGAAGAUGAUGAAGUUUGUGGGAAUAAAGAAGAAUUAGGUUCCCAUGCAAAUGACCCUAUUCAAAGUUUAACCAAGAAUGAUGUUCUUGAAAUGCAAUUCAAUUCAGAAGAGGAUGCCAAUGAUUUCUAUAAUCAAUAUGCUAAAGUUGUGGGAUUUAGCAUUAGGAAAGACACGCGAACAAUGCAGGCAACAAAGGCAAAUACAUUGUCACUCACUUUUAACAUGGAACAUAACCAUCCAUUGGCAACAUCACCAUGUGUGCCAUUUCUUCGGUCGCAUAGGUUUGUAAAGAUCCCCGACAAAGCUCAAGUAAAGACUUUGCACGAUGUUGGUGUCAAGACAAGCCAGAUAAUGGAUUUGUUGGUGCAACAAUCUGGGUCUUUCGCAAAUGUGGGCUUUAUUCACAAGGAUUUGCACAAUUAUAUUCAAGCCGAGCGCAAAGUAGAAAUAAAGGAUGGUGAUGCGGAGUGUGCUUUGGCUUACUUAUGUGCAAAAGCUGAUGCUGAUCCUUACUUCUUUUACAAGUAUGACAAGGAUCAAGAGAACCGGCUUGACAAAUUGUUUUGGGCAAAUUCAAGGUCUCGCCUAGACUAUGCUGCAUUUGGUGACGUGUUGGUCUUCGAUACAACUUAUAAAACGAAUGCAUAUAACAAACCUUUUGUUAUUUUCGCCGGGGUCAAUAACCAUUUUGAAACCACCAUAUUUGCAUGCAGCUUGCUUGUUGAUGAGACAAUUGCAACAUACACAUGGGUUUUGCAAAAGUUGUUAGAGGCCAUGGAUAACAAAAGACCGGUGUCAGUGUUGACAGAUGGGGAUAUGGCCAUGCAUGAGGCAAUACAAAAAGUCUUCCCGAGUGCCAAGCAUCGUCUAUGUAAUUGGCAUAUGCAUAGAAAUGCCAAGCGAAAUGUUCGAGUUGAUGGAUUCGAGGGACAUUUCAAGCAUCUCAUGGAUCUUGAUGCGAAUGAGGUUGUAUUUGAGGAAACUUGGAGUAAGAUGGUUAGAAAAUAUGGCCUUCAAAAUAACAAGUGGGUAUCAGACACCUACAACAAUAAAGGCAUGUGGGCUCAGUCAUAUUUGCGUGGUCAUUUUUUUGCUGGAAUGAAGAGCAGUCAGUAUAGCGAUCCCGGUUUUUCCUUCCUUUGUAUACUGUAUUCAGGACUUAGUUCCGUGGACUUGUUUGUGUAUCAUUAUCACUUCUAG